AUGACGAAUCCGAAUUGGCGAGAAUCUGUGACGGCCACAGAACGAUAUGAUAACAUCCAAAAUAUCCAACUAUGCAUCGAAAAGAAUUCUGCCGCCGCAGAGGGAAAGAGUGCCUUUGCCGUUGAGAUGGAAGCUUACACGGCAUCUUCAUCACGAGAGGAGUACAAAAAUGCAUGUGAUAUACUGAAGAACGCCUCGAAGUUGGCGAGCGAUGAUGAGAGCUCACGGUUCUCCCCCACAGCCUGUCAUGGCUCAGAAACAGCAGCGUCGGGGGUCAGGAUCGGCGCCUACCAGAAUUGUCAGUAUGUCGCCAGCGGCGUCACGGCCGAAGUCUACCGGUGCGACACCCGGGCCUUCAAGGUCAUUGUCGAGACGCACAAUAUUGCGCCACACGAUCCGAUCCGCGAGUCGCGUAUUCUCGCGGAGCUGUCCCGACCCUGCAUCCCACUUCUGGAGACUUUCAGAGACCACGAGCAGCGGCUGGUGCUUGUGUUCCCAUACAUGCCCAUGAGUCUUGAGGCGCAGCUGCAGCAGAAGGGCGAGGCCGGGCUGACACGGGAGCGGAUACGGUCGCACUUUCGAGACAUAUUCACCGCGCUGCGACAGAUUCACAGCAAAGACAUCAUCCACAGAGACAUCAAGCCUUCGGCUAUCCUCCUGGAGUCGCCCGACGGGCCGGCAUAUCUCGCCGACUUUGGUACAGCCUGGCAUCCUCAACUGUCCUGCGCCACCGAGCCACGAGAUGCCAAGAUUCUAGAUAUUGGGACGGGGCCCUAUCGUGCACCGGAAGUCCUGUUUGGUGACAAAGGUUACUGCACGGCGGUGGACAUGUGGGCUGCUGGUGCCAUGCUGGUUGAGUGCUGUCGACCUUCUCAUGUGCCACUUUUCGAAUCCAGGGCAGCACAUGAGGAUGGCAACCAACUGGGCCUCAUCUUGAGUAUUUUCAAGACCAUUGGUAGUCCUACACCAGAGACUUGGCCUGAGGCUUUGAAUUUCAAGACGCCGCCAUUUCAGAUGUACCAGACGAUACAAGGGAAAACAUGGGACGAAAUCUUGGACGAUGUUCAGCCUGAUUUUGCGGAUCUUGUUCGGGCGCUGAUCAAAUAUGAGAGCAAAACUCGAGCCAAAGCCGCCGAGGCUCUACAAUUUAACUGCCUCCAAUAA